AUGGCACAUCUCACAGGCGACCCAAAACGACAUGACCUCUCUUCAUUCAAAGACUCUCUGAGCGGCAGUUGUCUAUGCGGAAGCAUCACCGUAACCAUCCACGACAACGAGCUCUUCACAAAGCCGCGCGGCCACCUGUGCCACUGCGCAAACUGUCGAAAAGUAUCCGGAUCAGUGGUGUCUGCAAACCUGAUCAUGGAAGAAGAAAAAGUGGACAUUACAGACAGAGAUGGAACACUCAAAGUCUAUCAAGAUAAAGCUACUAAUAGUGGGAAUCCUGUAUCGAGAUAUUUCUGUGCUGUGGACGGAAAUCCGGUUAUGUCCAAGGUUGAGGCUUUGCCUGGUAAAGCUAUUAUCAAGUUGGGUAUGAUGCCGGUUAUUCCUACACCAGAGAUGGAAAGUUUUGCCGCGCAUAAACAUACCUGGUUCAAGAAGCCUGAAGGUGUAACGUCGUACAAGAUUCUUCGCGGGGGAGAGUUGUUGGAUGAUUAG